UAUACCAAACUAAAAAUUCCAUCUUUCCCUCGUUUUCUGCUCUUUCUUCAUCAUCCCUCAACAUCCCCUCCCACUUUCCCCUCAAAAACCCUCACAAUCACCACUUUCUCUCUCUAAAACACUUUCUCAAUCUGCAAUCCUCAGAUCUCCAUUUCCCUUUCUCCAUCACCAGACACUCCAUUCUUAACCUCAUUUAUCAUGUCCGGCAGCGCUCGAGCCUCCACUCGUCCGCCGCCGACUGCGGCUGCUGCCGCUGCUUCUGCUUCUACUCCUACUCCUGCCCCGGCGGGACCGAUCCUACCUCCGUUAAGACGACAUCUCGCUUUUGCCACUAUGAAACCGCCGUUUGUUCCUCCCGAUGACUAUCACCGCUUCACUCCAUCAUCAAGUACUAAUAAUAGAGCCGCCGAUCGAGAAGCUGAAGGGAUUGUUUUGAGGUCUCCUACACUAAAACGAAAGAAUGGCAUGGAUGAGAAUGGAUUUGAGUCUAGCAGCGCAUUUUGCGGUGAUGUAUCUAAUAGUCCCUUUAGAACACCUGUGUCUGCAAAAGGAGGUAGGACAUAUAGCAAAUCAAAGGCCUCAAAGGGAAAUAGAUCAGGGCCUCAGACCCUAGUGCCAAACAUCGAUUCUCCCUCUCCUCUUACACCAGCAGGCAGCUGUCGUUAUGACAGCUCCCUAGGCCUUUUGACAAAGAAAUUUGUCAAUCUAAUUAAGCAUGCUGAAGAUGGUAUUCUUGACCUAAACAAGGCUGCAGAAACUUUGGAGGUGCAGAAGAGACGUAUAUAUGACAUAACAAAUGUCUUGGAAGGAAUUGGUCUCAUAGAAAAGAAGCUCAAGAACAGGAUACGUUGGAAGGGAGUUGAUACUUCAAGGCCAGGGGAGCCGGAUGGUGAUGCCUCUUUAUUACAGGCAGAAAUUGAAAAGCUUUCCAUGGAAGAGCGUAGACUAGAUGAUCAAACAAGAGAAAUGCAGGAAAGACUGAGAGAAUUGAUUGAAGAUGAGAACAAUCAAAAGUGGCUUUUUGUAACUGAAGAAGAUAUUAAGAGCUUGCCUUGUUUUCAGAACCAAACCCUCAUAGCCGUUAAAGCCCCCCAUGGCACUACUCUAGAAGUCCCUGAUCCUGAUGAAGCUGUUGACUAUCCACAGAGGAGAUACAGGAUAAUCCUUAGAAGUUCAAUGGGUCCGAUUGAUGUUUACCUUGUAAGUCAAUUUGAGGAGAAUUUUGAGGAGGCAAAUGGUGAGCCAUCCACUAGUUUCCCGCAUGCUUCUAGUUCCUGCUCAAAUGAAAUUCCAAAAAAACAGGUUAUCAAUGAGCAGAGAAUCCAGAAGAGGGUUGAACCUCAAAUGCAACAAGUUCACAGUCCAUUAUUUGAUCUCGAUGCUUCACAAGAGCUGGCUGGGGGAAUGAUGAAGAUUGUUCCUUCAGAUGUUGAUAAUGAUGCAGAUUACUGGCUUCUUUCAGAUGCUGAUGUAAGCAUUACAGAUAUGUGGAGGACAGAUGCGAAUGUUGAAUGGAAUGAUGUGAAUAUGCUUCGUGCUGAUUUUGGAAUCCCUGAUGUCCAAACGCCCAGGGCACAAACCCCACCAUCAGGAAUGGCUGAAGUGCCAACUGGUGUAAACUCGACACUCAGGUAAAAGUUAUUGACUUCUCUAAGCAAGCUAAAUCAAGAAACUUGUGUCUCUACAAGUGAGCAACCUUCACCGCCCAUGAUCUAUUGCAUAAAAUGCCAAUGGGUUGCCCGUGAAGUGGAAACAGGAGAUGGAUUUGGAAGAAGCAGGAAGAUGGUAUUGGGGGGAAUAGAGUCCCACACAGCAGGAUUACAAAAUUUUUUUGACCACUGUGGUCGAUCUGCAAAUAAAUUGAAAAGGAAGUUUUGAAAACAGUAAAAAAUGGUGGUAUUGGUGGGGAUUGAAUGAUGAUAGGGGAAGCAUAAUACAGAAUCGAAUAUAAAUGAUGUUCUUGCUGUGCGCUACACCAAUGGUUCUGUUUGGAUGUUCGAAGGUAACAAGUUAUGUAAUUUGGUGCAAUAAUAGUGCACAGGAGAAUAUUGGGGCAGAACCGCCCCUACCACCAAAAUGUUUUAGCAAGUGUAAACACCGCAUACUCUAUCAUGGCAACAGGAUCAUGCAAUAUUUCUGGCUCAA